AUGCCAACAUUGGAAUGGGAUAAUAUGGGAGUGAAAAUCGACGGGCGGCAGUUAUACCAACUUCGCUUUGCUGAUAACAUCGUCCUUAUAACACCAAACACUAGCCAAGCGAAACGCAUGCUUGACAAGUUUGAUAAAGCUUGUGGAAAGAUUGGUCUCCGAUUAAAUCUCACAAAAUCGAUGUUCCUGAGGAAUGGAUUGGUUUGGCAUGCACCUUUCACGCUCAACGGAACGAAUCGCUCCGAAUAUUCUAGUUAUAUCUAUCUAGGUCGGGAAAUCAAUAUGAUGAACGACCUAGCUCCAGAGAUGAGUAGAAGGGAACGAGCGGCUUGGCGAUUUUUCAAGAGAAUCGAGGUUGUAGUGAAGAGAACAAAGAACACCCGACUCCUUGCCCAUCUUUUCUACUCAACGUCACAUUCUGCGUAA